CACUCUGUUUCAGUUAUGCAAUUUCUCUUCUAAAGGUUGUGUCGCAAGAACAUUCACCUCUGAUACAUUUUCUUAUACUGGAUUCCGUAUUUGGUUUUUUGUGCUUAUUAAUCCCUAGGUCCUUCUCUGAAGAUUGAGAACUUGCGAAGAAUUUUGUGGCUGUAUAUGUGUGCGCUUAUGUCUUUUGUGAUCAUUAAAUUAUUUUUUUGUUCCUUUUUCUGCACUUGAGAAGCCAGCUUCUGUUGAAGUGCAUAGCAGACAGCAGUUUUGAAGCUUCAACCUCAGGCUGAUACUUACUUUAGGUGAACAAUGAUUUCUGUAAGAGAUCAAUAUCACCUGACACUACUUAGCAUUGGGAUACUUAUCCAUUAACUUGAGUUGGCAAGUUAGCUGUUUUUUGCUGUUGGAGACUGUUUUCUCUAUCCCUCCCAACUUUUAAUGGUUGUCAUGUCUUCUAAAGCUGUUCCAGCACCUUUAAUGUUGCGAUUUUUGUCUAUAUGAUGAUGAAGCUGCUUCCACCAGCUGUCAGUAUCUAUCAUUUGAUUGAGCUUCUUGUUAGAGUAUGAUGGUGAAUGGACACAUAUUCAUGCAUUCAAUGCCUUCAUUCUUGUAUGUCUUUCUCUUUCUCACUCUCUUUUUUCUUUUUUGGGAACUAUGAAGAUCACAGAAACUAAAUUACUGCAGGGGUGCGUUAGAGGAUUGGUAAAACAGAAAGUUUCACUGACCAGACUUUAGUCUAAUGGUUUCAUCCUCACCCUCUAGAAGUGGUUCCUUAUUCAAUUCUUGGGAGAUGUUUUUCAACUAUUUAUAUACUUCUAUGAUGGUGUUUCAUUGACAAGCCAAUAGUAAACCAUGAAUAUAGUAAUUUUGCAGCAAAUAAAAAUUUGGAGCUUUAAGUUUGUUUCUGUUGUAAGGCUAGAUUCAUCACUUAUUAAAUCUGCAUGCUUAUUGUCAAACAACUAGCUGUUGUAUUCUUCUUUGGCAAAUAUCAUCUGUACUCCAAGAAUGGUAUUAAUGUGAUAUUUUUGACCUCCUUAUCCUAUCGUUUCUUAGUUGGUGUCUAAUUUGUUUUUAAAAUUGGCUAUUUAACUUUUGGAUGAUACGAACCGAGCUUGCAACUCUUUCUAUCCUAGGAGGAGGAAAAUCAAAGUCAAAUGGAAGUGGUUCGGGUGAGGAUAAUAUUUCUAAGAAAGACCUGGCUCUACAACAAGCCUUGGAUCAAAUAACCGCUCAAUUUGGUACAGGGGCAAUCAUGUGGCUUGGUCGUUCGCAUGCUCCUAGAGAAGUUCCUGUAGUGUCAACAGGCUCUUUUGCAUUGGAUAUAGCAUUGGGCAUUGGUGGUCUUCCAAAGGGACGUGUUGUGGAAAUUUAUGGCUCAGAGGCUUCUGGGAAAACAACUCUUGCUCUGCAUGUGAUUGCUGAGUCACAAAAGAAUGGAGGUUACUGUGCUUUUGUAGAUGCUGAGCAUGCUCUGGAUCCAUCAUUGGCAGAGUCCAUAGGUGUUAAAACUGAAAACCUACUCCUCUCACAGCCAGAUUGUGGUGAGCAGGCACUUAAUCUUGUGGACACUCUGAUCCGAAGUGGUGCUGUUGAUGUUGUGGUUGUGGACAGUGUGGCAGCUCUUGUGCCUAAAAGUGAGCUAGAUGGUGAUAUGGGAGAUGUGCAUAUGGCCCUUCAAGCAAGACUGAUGAGCCAAGCUCUUCGAAAGUUGAGCCAUUCUCUAUCUCUCUCCCAGACAAUCUUGCUAUUUGUAAAUCAGGUAAGAUCGAAGCUGAGCACAUUUGGAGGAUUCAAAGGACCAACUGAAGUUACUUGUGGUGGCAACGCCUUGAAGUUUUAUGCAUCUGUUCGAUUAAAUACUAAAAUAGCAGGUCUCAUUAAAAAAGGUGAAGAGGUUUUAGGUACCCAGAUCAUGGUAAAAAUUGUGAAGAACAAGCAUGCUCCUCCUUUCAAGGAAGUGCAGCUUGAACUUGAAUUUGGGAAAGGGAUAAGCCGUGACUCAGAGGUUAUAGAGUUAGGCUGCAAGCAUCAGUUCAUUACAAAAACAGGGGUUGCAUAUUACUGCUUAAAUGGUCAAAAUUUCCAUGGUAAAGAUGCCUUAAAACGUUAUUUUGCUGAAAAUGAAGUUGUCCGGGAAGAGCUGAUGAUCAAGCUCAAAGAGAAACUGACACAGGCUGAUACAAAUAACAAAAGUUACAAAGAUGAAAUCUCAAGCAAAGAUACACAGGAGGAAAUAAUUUCCAUGCAGACAACUGAUGAGGAAGUGGUUGCUGAGGUUGAGGCUCAAAGCAUUUGUACAUAAAGAUGCACAUGGCACAUAAAAGCCUAUGCCAUUGGUCUAUGCUAAUCUAAAUUCACCUGGUUCUGUUUAAGCUUUUGGUGAAAUCCCAAGUAAAAUUUCACAAGAUUUUGUCUGGAAGGUUGGAAUUCCUAGCAGCAAGUUCACAUCUCGAAUUCAAAAGGAUCCUAAGUCGGUGUUUGUUCCUAUUAUCCAGCAUCCAACAAUCUUUCAAAAGUUACCUUGGAGAUGAUGAGAGCAAGGUCGUGUAUGAAGUCACUGGAACACUACUCCUAAUUGUAUAUAUUAUAGUGGCUACAUCUUAUUCCACAGUCUUGUGGUCUUUUAUCUAGGUUUUGUCUUGUUAGUCUCAAUGUUGAAGAAACAGCAGCAAUGAAAACUGAUAGAUACACCACAGCCUGCUACAGAGCCAACUUCUUCAUCAUGGAGAAUUGGAGAUUACAGUCCUUAGUACCUUUUUGGUAGGCUUAUGCCAUACAUAAAUCUUUCGGUUUUUUGUUUAAUAAGUGAUGAAGACGAAAUUUGAUCCGAAGAUGCUAUCGAUAGUUAAAGCAUUUACCAGCCAUACGUAAAUAUCGUCAGUCAUUUGUCCGUGGAUGUAUCUCAAUUGCUUUUUGUUUGUAUUAUUUUAGUAGAUCAGAUCUGUUGAAGAGUAGAACAAAUGUAAGUUUCUACAUAGUUGCUUGUAGUAGCAUUUCUAUAUUUUUACCUA